UCCUUUCAGAAGCUGGUGGUAACCUCACUGAGGAGAUACUGCAAAGUUAGUGUAACAGCAGGAACAUGAAGCCAUCACUCUUGGUGUUUAUUGUGUAUCUGCUAUGGUUGAAAGACUGUCACUGUGCACCUACUUGGAAGGACAACACCGAUAUCCAUGGAAACCUGAAGGGUUUUUCUGAGGUUGGAGACAUAGAUGUAGACGAAGAGGUGAAGAAAGCUUUGAUUGGUAUGAAGCAGAUGAAAAUCAUGAUGGAAAGAAGAGAGGUGGAACAUACCAAUCUGAUGAAAACCCUGAAGAAAUGCAGAGAAGAAAAGCAGGAAGCCCUGAAACUCAUGAAUGAAGUUCAGGAACAUCUGGAAGAAGAAGAAAGCCUAUGUCAGGAGUCUCUGACAGAUUCCUGGGAUGAAUGCAAGUCUUGCCUGGAGAGCAACUGCAUGAGAUUUUACACAACCUGCCAAUCUAGUCAGUCCUCUAUGAAAAAUACGGUCGAACAGUUUUUCAGGAAGAUAUAUCAAUACCUGUUUCCUUUCCAUGAGGAUAAUGAAAAAGAUCUCCCUGUGGGUGAAAAGUUCAUUGAGGAGGACGCACAAGUGGCUCAAAUAGAGAAUGUGUUCAGCCAGCUGACUGUGGAUGUGAGAUUUCUCUUUAACAGAAGCCUUAACGUCUUCAAACAGAUGCAGCAAGAAUUUGACCAGACUUUUCAAUCAUAUUUCAUGUCCGAUACAGACUUAAUGCAGCCUAACUUUCUUCCAGCUUUAUCCAAAGAGCCAAGGGAAAAAGCGGAUCCUGUGCAAGGUUGGGACAUUCCCAGCUUCUUCCAGCUCUUUUGUAAUUUCAGUCUCUCUAUUUAUCACAGUAUCAGCACAACCAUCACCAAGACACUGAAUGCAAUAGAGGAUUUACCAAAACAAGGCAAAGAUUCUAACCAUGGAAGCCUGAGUUCAAAGGUGUUUCCUGUGCAAGACAGAGAACCGUGUGGAGAACUUGGCCAGAAUUUGUCAGAAUGUUUCCAGUUUCAUGCCAGAUGCCAAAAAUGUCAGGACUACCUGUGGGAAGACUGUCCUGAUGUACCCGAACUACACACAAAAGUAGAUGAGGCCCUCGCAUUGGUCAACAUCUCCCAUCAGCAGUAUGCCCAGGUUCUCCAGAUGACCCAGCAUCACCUAGAGGACACCACAUAUCUGAUGGAGAAGAUGAGAGAGGAAUUUGGCUGGGUGGCUGAACUGGCAAACCAGACUCCAGGAACUGAGAACGUCUCCAAUUCCAUAAAGAUUCCUUUUAGGAAGUUUGAGAGCAAAAAAUUAGGAAAUACAACAGUGGGGGUUGGAAUCCAGGUGAUCCUGGGCGCGGAGGCUAUACUAAUGGCUUUACAGACAUCCAUUUUAAGGUAA